AUGCGUUUCUUGCCAGUUUUGACCACCGCGCUCCUGUUCGCGGUCAACGUGACAGGACAGACCCCAUCUGCAGCUUCCGCUGCUGCUGGUACUGUUGCACCUGUUGCCAAUUCAGCCAAUUCUAAUGCCAAUGCCAAUGCAAACGCGAAUGCCAACAAUGAGGCUGAGACUGCUGCCACAGCCACUCAGCAGGCGGUAAACCAGGCCAACCAGGCCAACCAGCAGGCGGCUAACACCCCUGCUGCGGACCCUACUACUGCCGCUGCCGCCGCCAACACUGUUGCUGCUAGUCAGGAGGAUGAUACUGCUUCUGCUAAAAACGCGCCUACCGUGUCGGCGGAACAGUCUAACCCCAUUGAGUCUGCUGUCAAUGGUGUUGCGGAUGGCGUCAACACGCUCCUCGGGGGUGGUGCUUCAACUGGCUCUGGUAACUCCGCUGCAGAGACCGCCCAGGCUAGCGCUACCUCUGCUGCUGCCUCCUCCGAGGGCACCGGCAGCACCAAGUCUACCACUUCCUCUGAUUCAUCCAGCGGAGUUUCCCCUGACGCCCUUUCUGGCGCUCUCAAGAACCUGCUCGGUGGCAGUGGGCUUGGAGAUAUCGGCAAAGACAUUUCGGAACUCACCGAAGGUCUAGGAAACCUGCUUGACCCUGGCUUCCUCAGCGAGGUUACCAACACCUUCAAGUACUUGUCUACUUCACUCGCCCCUCCUGUCGACACCGAUAUCCGCAGCCUGGUUGCCAAUGCCAACAAUCUAUUGACGGCUGACUUCUCGAAGAAGGUCGGUGGCCUUAUCGACAAUGCCAACGAUCUCUUGACCACGCAGAACACCAAGGAGAUUAUGACCUUGAUCAACAACGCCAACAGCCUCCUCACGUCUGGAUUCGUCAAGAAGACCGAUACAUUGAUCGACAACGCCAACAAGCUCCUCACAGCCAAGUUCGUCGACGAGACCACCAACCUCAUCGGCAAGGCCAGCCCUCUCAUCGACAAUGCCAGCGGCCUCCUUACCGAUGAGAACGUGAAGGCGAUUGAGAACCUCCUGUCGGGUGCUAACAAGCUGCUCACUCCCGACUUCAUCUCGACGACCAGCAAGCUCAUCAAGCAGGCCGGUCCUCUCAUUAACCAGGCUAGCGGUCUUCUCACUGAGGGCAAUGUCAAGGCGAUUGAGAACCUCCUGUCCGGUGCCAACAAGCUGCUCACUCCUGACUUCAUCUCGACUACUAGCAAGCUCAUCAAGCAGGCCGGUCCUCUCAUCACUCAGGCCAGCGGUCUCCUUACCGAGGGCAACACCAAGGCCAUUGAGAACCUCCUGUCCGGUGCCAACAAGCUGCUCACUCCUGACUUCAUCUCGACGACCAGCAAGCUCAUCAAGCAGGCCGGUCCUCUCAUCACUCAGGCCAGCGGUCUCCUUACCGAGGGCAACACCAAGGCGAUCGAGAACCUCCUGUCGGGUGCUAACAAGCUGCUCACUCCCGACUUCAUCUCGACGACCAGCAAGCUCAUCAAGCAGGCCGGUCCUCUCAUUAACCAGGCUAGCGGUCUUCUUACUGAGGGCAAUGUCAAGGAUAUCGAGACUCUGAUCGGCAAUGCCAAUGGUCUCUUGACUGAGAACUUCGUGAACCAGACCUCUAGCUUGAUUGAGGAGGCCAGCGACCUCUUAACACCGGCUGUCGUCAGCGGUCUCAAGGAUCUACUGACCCAGAUUUCUCCUCUACUGCCCGAGCUCAAGGGUCUGCUCAAGGCCGACACUAUCAAGGAGAUCGAGAACCUGCUGAGCAACGCCAACGAGCUUCUCACCGACAAGUUCGUCAAGGAGACCUCCAGCCUGAUCGACAACGCCGACAGCCUCCUGACCCCCGACCUGGUCAACAGCCUGAAGUCUUUGCUCGGCGACAUCACCCCCCUGAUUCCCGAGCUGAAGUCACUCUUGACAAAGGGCAUGAUCAAGUCCAUCACCGGACUCCUGACCAACGCCGAAGAUCUCUUGACCCCCAAGUUCGUCAACGAGACCAUGAGCCUGGUCAGCGAGGCCGACAGUCUCUUGACUCCCGACCUCACCAGCAGCCUGAAGUCUCUCCUCGCCGAUGUCACCCCUCUCAUCCCCGAGAUCAAGUCUCUCCUGACCAAGAACACCAUCUCGGCCAUCGGCUCGCUCCUGACAAACGCCAACGACCUCUUGACCCCCAAGUUCGUCAACGAGACCACCGGCCUCAUCGACAGCGCCGACGACCUCCUCUCGCCAUCCCUGGUAUCCGGCCUCAAGGAACUUCUUGGCGACGUCGUCCCCUUGGUCCCAGACCUGAGGCGCUCCCUCCUCAACUCGACCAUCAUCACCGACCUAGGCUACAUCGUGACAAACGCAACCACCCUGCUCACACCCGCCUUCGUCGAGGAUACCUCGGACCUGGUCGAGCACGCCGAUGGCCUCCUCACCCCGUCGCUGAUCAGCUCUCUCAAGGAUCUGCUUGGAUACCUACCGGAUGUCAUGCCCGAGGUGAAGAAGCUGCUCAAGCCGGCUACUAUUUCCGAUAUCGGCUCGCUGUUGGAAAACGCUAGUGACCUGCUCACGCCUAAGUUCGUCAAUGAGACUACUCUCCUGAUCGAUGAUGUUACCGGCUACUUGCCGCUCGUUCAGGAGUUGCUCAAGGCGCUGUGA